UGUAUGUGUAUGUGUGUGUGUGUGCUUUUAUGUGUAUGUGUGUAUGCAUGUGUGUGUGCAUGUGUCUGUGCAUAUGUAUGAGUGUGUGUAUGUAAGGAUCUAUCUAUGCGCGUAUGAGCGUGUUCAUGUGCAUAUGUGUGUGUGCGUACAUGCAUGCGUGUUUAUGUGUGUGCAUGUGUGUGUUUGUGCAUGCAUGUGUGUGCGUGUGCGCAUGUGUGUGUGUGUGCAUGUGUGUGUGUGCAUACGUGCGUGUGUGUAGGUGUCUGUGUAUGUGUAUGUGUGUGCGUGUGUGUGUGUGUGUGUGUGUGUGCAUGGGGAGAGAGAGCACAGUAGGGGUGGGGCAGACUCAGACUGCCAGCCCGGUCGGUUCUUCUGAGCGUCAGAGCUGUGAGAAUGCGCUUGUCCAAAGCCCUGUCUGACAUGGAGAUGGCGGAUUACAGCGAGGCACUGGACCCGGCGUAUACCACGCUGGAGUUCGAGAACAUGCAGGUCCUCGGCAUGACCACAGACUCCUCGCCGGCUGAGAGCGCCAGCAUGAACGCCGCAAACCACCUGGGGGCAGGAAGUCUGUGCGCCAUCUGUGGUGACCGAGCCACGGGGAAACACUAUGGAGCAUCCAGCUGUGACGGCUGCAAGGGCUUCUUCCGCCGUAGCGUUCGCAAAAACCACAUGUACUCCUGCAGGUUCAACAGACAGUGUGUCGUUGACAAAGACAAGCGGAAUCAGUGUCGAUAUUGCAGACUGAAGAAGUGCUUUAGAGCAGGCAUGAAAAAAGAAGCCGUGCAGAACGAGAGGGACAGAAUCAGCACCCGGAGGUCCAGCUACGAGGACAGCAGCUUACCCUCCAUCAACGCGCUCAUCCAGGCGGAUGUGCUGUCCAGACAAAUUUCCUCUCCGCACCCCGUCCUGAACGGUGACAUCAGGGCGAAGAAAAUGGCCACCAUCACAGAUGUGUGUGAGUCCAUGAAGCAGCAGCUGCUGGUGCUGGUGGAAUGGGCAAAAUACAUCCCUGCCUUCUGUGACCUUGCCCUGGAUGACCAGGUGGCUUUGCUGCGAGCACAUGCAGGUGAACACCUUCUGCUGGGAGCUGCCAAAAGAUCCAUGCUGUACAAAGACCUGCUGCUGUUAGGAAACGACCACAUUAUUCCCCGUAACUGCCCUGAGCUGGAGGUGGGCCGGGUGGCAGUGAGGCUCCUGGACGAGCUGGUCCUGCCCUUUCAGGACCUGCAGGUCGACGACAGUGAAUACGCCUGCCUGAAAGCCAUCGUCUUCUUUGACCCAGACGCCAAAGGCCUGAGUGACACGGGGAAGAUCAAGCGCAUGCGCUACCAGGUGCAGGUGAGCCUGGAGGACUACAUCAACGACCGGCAGUACGACUCCCGCGGCCGCUUCGGCGAGCUGCUCCUCCUGCUGCCCACCCUGCAGAGCCUCACCUGGCAGAUGAUCGAGCAGAUCCAGUUCAUCAAGCUCUUCGGCAUGGCCAAGAUCGACAACCUGCUGCAGGAGAUGCUCCUGGGAGGUUCUGCUAAUGAGACGCCCCACGCACCCCACUCUCUGCACCCACACUUGGUCCAGGAGCACCUGAGCAGUAAUGUCAUUGUGUCUAGUGGCAUGACAGCUCCUGUCCACAACGGACAUAUCUCUGCUCCUGACACCCCGAUCCCGUCGCCGCCAGCAACCGGCAGCUCUGAGCACUACAAGCUGUCCCAGGGCGUGAUCGCCACGGUACCCAAACAGCCAAUCGCCAUCCUGCAGCCCACCAUCACAAAGCAAGAGGCCAUGUAAUACCCUCCUGCCCCUUGCUAACUCAAAACAAAUCUGCAGCAGAAACUAUGUCUAAUGUCCUAUUCCAGCAACCCAAUAUACCCCCAUGCCUCACACAACCACAACCCCAUCAGAAAGUAUAUCUACAUUUUUGGUCACAAAAGUAUUUUUAGGACUUUCUCUGGGUGAAUCUGGUGACUAUGUAACUCAUUGUUUCAUUUCUGGUUACCACUCAGGAGAGCAUGAUAUCAGACUGUAAAUUCUACACAAGGUUGUCAAUUUAUAUAUCUGAGCUCAUUUAUGAGGAAUGUGACACAUUUCUUUUUUUCCAUUGCCAUAUACGAUAUAUUUUACUCACUGUUUUGAAGACUCACAGUCAAACUGUAUCUUGCUUAAUCGCUUUCAAAACUGAAUAAUGUUACAAGAGUCCCUGUUUCUGUUAUCAUACAGUGUAUUAGGAAUUUAAAUCUCCAUCAAGGAUAUGAAAUCUUACUGAAAGAAUAUUAUAGCGUUUUGUAGCCAGAUGUUGCUAAAAGACACAGCAUGCAUUGCAAAUGUUUUUUUUCAGUGCUGCUCUUCAGCUACAAAGAUACAAAUCUGUAGCCUUUUUUUAAUGCACCCUGAACAUUACUUUGUCCCAGAAUUGUUUUUUAACACAGCCAUUCUUUCAUCUGUAAGUGUAUUUACAUUAAUUUACACACCAUUAAAAUGUCAAUAUAAAA